AUGGCGACGGGCGCGGCCUGGCGCCUCGGCGAGCGCUUUCGGGCACUGGUGGUGCUCCAGCUGUGGGGUAAUGUUGAAGUACUACUCUUAGACAUGUGGCAGAGAUCUGGCCAGCAUGUCCUGCUGACUACAGCAAUAGCAAAAUAUCCAUACAAACAAGUUGAGACUGAGGCAUUGCCCUUCUGUGCUGCUGAGGCCUGGGCCAGUGGGGUGUGAGUGGAGAAGGACAGCACAGGACUCUGGCAAGUGUGGAAGAGACAAAUCCAGCAGUUUAAUAGAGUCAGCCCUGCAAUGGCAGCAGCUAUAGCAGAAGUGUAUCCGUUUCUGGGGCUCCUGUUACAACUCCUGAGUGACACCUGGAUUAAAUCAGGCAUCAGCCAGAGAGCCCACCGUAUUGGACUAGACUUACCCUGCCGUAGCUCGCUCUCCACCAACCCCGACCUUUUCCUGGACCUGAUUGUGGAGUGUGACUGUGGUCCGUGCUGGUCAGCCUCGCUGUCUUAUCUGCCAAGACUCGGCAGUGGCUGAGCUGUUGCUGGCACAAUAGCACUGCUGGGAGCCCAGCCAGUGGAAACAGCUGAUUCUGCUUCAGAACAGAGACUUCCACAUUAAUAAAUGUCUUGUUACA